AUGAGUCUUGCAAGUAAACUAUCAAAGGUGAUGCAGUGCCUGCAAGAUAAUGGCCUGUCCACCUCAACCUUCAUGAGUGGCAUUCUCGAAAGCAGCCAUGUUGAACACCAGGACGCAAAAAUUUCACUGACGUCUAACACGAGUCAGUUGUGCACGUUGCUGAAUGCUAACAAAGACUCACAUCCAUCCAUAUUCUCCUGGGCAAUUGCCCUCAUGUGUACAGAUGGAGAUAGCAUUGGAUCAAUGAGGCUGGGCGAUGAGAGUGAUGACAAAAGUGAAGAAGCCUUUGAGGGGCGCCCAAAAAAAUGCCAGUGUUGUGCUGCUGAAAGGAACGAGGCACUAUUCGUUAUUAAGGCUGUAGUGGCAAUCAGCAUAUGUUUGCAAAGCUCGAACAAAAAGUGCAACUACUUACAGGGUUGGAUGGGAUUCUUCAUGAAGUCAACUUCUGUGCCAGAGAAAGUGGUUGAGGUUUUGGCUCAUGCAGGUCUUUCAAUCAGCUUGUCGUCAAUCCACAAUGCAGUAAUGUCUGUCUCGAAAGAGAUUAGCAGCAAAAUCAGGAGUGAAGUAUGCACACUUCGAGCAGCCUUCACAUACGAUAACUUCGACAUUGCUUUCAAGACAUCUCAACCUACCCUAGAGAACUGGUCCUCAUUUGUCAGUGCCACAGCUGCCACUGUUGUCCUGCUUUUCGGUAUCGAUGAGAGCAACACCAUCACAUUGAAAUGUUCUGCUCAAUUAUGGGCAUCAGACCACAGGAAUACAUUGCUGUCAGUCACACCGCUGAUGAAUGAGAUGAGAACCAUGAUGGAUCCAUACAAGAAGGAUACAUAUAGUCGCCAAAUCAAUCCGACAAAGCCCAGCCCACAAACUGCAGCAUUUGCCUGGCAUGUUCAAGCAAUUCUCAUUAAUCAAUAUCAGAAGUUCAAACAUUUCUUGAAGGACCUUGGUGAACCGGAGACCAUAAAGAGGAUACCCGUGCACAUGACCCAUCAGAUCCCUUGUUGCGUGAUGGAUAUCAAACAAUCAAUGACAGACGGUAAUAUUGAGGUCUUAGAGGACCUAUUUCGACAGGGUGGGAUUGGUGACAAGCGUGACAGCAGUUUCAAUGCUGAUCAUGAUGUUGAUAUGACUGAACGCAUCAUUUUUGUCCACAGUGACCUUUUGACAAAGGAAAGAUUAGACACUGUCCGCAACAGCCGACAAAUUAAGUACACACCAAAAAACUGCUUUCAAUAUGUCAUCUUCUUGCUGGGGUUAUUCCACUACAAAAUGGCAUGUGCUGAUGCCCUU